AUGGAUCUUCGUCCAGAGAUCCCGUCUACCCAAACAGGCACCCAGGUCCACCCUGGAGCUGCUGCUGCAGCUGCAGCGUCCAUUCCAGUAUCCAUGGCCAACAGCCUUUUGAGGGGCCCACCGCUACUACUGCGAGCGACGGAGAAAUAUCCCCGAACUCCGAAGUGUGCCAGGUGUAGGAAUCAUGGCGUUGUUUCUGCUCUGAAGGGCCACAAGCGAUAUUGUCGCUGGAAAGACUGUAUGUGCGCCAAAUGCACUUUGAUUGCGGAAAGACAGCGCGUUAUGGCAGCACAAGUCGCACUGCGGCGACAGCAAGCUCAAGAGGAGAACGAAGCCCGAGAGUUACAGCUCCUUUACGGGACAGCUGAGGGGUUAGCCUUGGCCGCUGCAAACGGUAUCAUACCACCUCGCCAGAACUAUGACGUCUUUGGCCCCGUUAACAGCGACACGAACUCCGACUCAAACAUCCAGAAAUUUGAACUGUUUCCUAAGACACAGUUGCCAGGAUCAGUGACUCCGCAACAGUCAAUGGGAAAGGCUGUGUCCACGGACACAGAAUCUGUGCCUGGCAUUUCAUCCCCAGAAGUGCGUCACGGUUCUGGUUCCGAGAAUGGGGACGGAGAGUCUUUCGUGAGCUCUCCCGUCUCCAAACCUCUGAAAGACGGAGAGGAAACCCCAGGGUCAGUUAGUCCCAUAGGUUCCGACUCUGGCUCUGACACUGACAAAGACGAACAAGAACCAUCGCCCUCUUCUGCUUCAUCCAGGCAAAUGAACGCCAUAGACAUUCUAACCAGAGUGUUCCCAAGUCACAAGCGCAGUGUUCUGGAGCUUGUCCUACAGGGUUGUGGGAAAGAUGUGGUGCAGGCCAUUGAGCAAAUCCUAAACAACAGUGGACAAGCUAAAACGGCAGAGGAGACGUGGACAGCGGAGAGGAUGCUCCAGAGCGCCCAGCCACCUUUAUCCUCCACUCCAAGGCCCAUGUUACCCGGAACCAUGACGCUCAGCAACCGAUCUGCUUUCUCUCCUCUGCAACCAAACGCGCCGCAUUUUGGCGCAGAUCCGAGCACCUACCCCCUGAGUACCCAUUUGGGUCUAAACCCUCUUCGACUGGCCUACUCAGCCCACAGCCGGGGACUUGCCUUUAUGACCCCGUACUCAACAACGGGUUUAAUGCCAACUCUUGGCUUCAGACCACCAAUGGACUAUGCUUUCAGUGACCUCAUAAGGGACAGGACUCUCUUACACAAGGACCAGGGUUAUACCAACGGACUGUACGGUCCCCUGGUCAACAACACACCAGAAAAACAGUGA